UCAAAAUCGGUUACCCGAGGAAGCAUCAAGACUGGAGUUUCGAGCGGCAACUGGGGAAUGUUGACGGCGUGAACUUGGCUCACUCAGCCGCCCGUCCCCACUGCGCUAAUACACACAUCGGAGCUUACCUCAGCCCUCCAGCGGCCGUCCCUUUGGCACCGCGCGGGCUCAUCGUCCUUGCUCUCCAAUCUUCCCCGCACAUCACGAGUGUGUGGGCCAACCAGGUGGCCGACGUAGGUUUAAGCUUCCGUUCCGACGACCGUUUAGCUUUCCCACCUCUCGCCAACAACCCCCCCCCCCAAGCCCGCUGCCAAAUCCGAGGAGCGUCCCGCUCAUCGAACCAGAUCUCUCUGUCAAACCCUGGUUGUGUUGGCAAUCCCUCGCCACUCUAAACGACACAGCUAAAGCCGCCCGCCGAGGGAAAGAGACAUGGCGACGACGGGCGACCCUGACGAGGCGUCAUGCGGUACGUUGCAUCUCAAUUUGCUACCGGCGGAGAUCCUGCAUCACAUAUUCUCGGGCCUCGACCCCCGCGACCUGGGACGUAUCCCCCGCACGUGUCGGUUCCUGCACGAUUUUGUAACGGGGAACCAAAAACUUUGUAAAGACGUGUAUCUGAGCACCCUGGAUACACCCCCGCACAAUGAGGACAUUGACUGGGAAAGGGAGGUGCAUGAUUUUGUCAGGCUCGAAAUCCUUUGCGCCGACAAGAAAGUCCACGAGCAGGCCCAUGAGCUGCCCUUUGUGUACGAGACCGUCGAUAGACUUCUCAAACAUGCGUCGCCAACGGGCGAGACGCAGAACGACGCUGGCACACACGCCGUGUCCCGCAAUGCCGCCGCCCUUGCCCGCAUCUUCCGCGAGGAGCCCGCGCGCCUGACCUUCAUGAGCCGCUCCUUCAUCUACGAGCGCGCGCGCGACGAGGUGAGGCCUCUCAGGCUGCCGUCCGUGCCCGACGAGACGCACCAGCGCAGCGCCAAGCUGCACUGCCUGUACGGACGGCCGCUGCUGAACUACGGCCGCACGCGGUCGACGCGCGUGUACCCGUACGCCGCGGCCAAGGUGUACGACCUGCGGCAGAACACGGACAGAACCGAGUGGGGCCCGUUCAUGGAGGACGGGUCGGGGCGGGUGGACUGGGAAAAGGUCGAGGCCGUCAUGAUCGUGCUCGGGAGCAACAUCCGGCUGCAGAGGCUGACGGCGAGGGUGUUUGCGAACUUGUGGGAGAGGCCGUUCGCCGGGUCGUGGGCGAGGAGCUACGUGCCGUCGCCCAGCCGGGGGAUCCAGGACCUGGACCUGCAGGACCCGUACGGCGUCGCGGGGACGUGGCUGAGGGUGGUCUGCUUCGUCGACUACAACGACUUUUUCGGCUUCAACUUCCCCAUCGGCGACCAAACGCCGCGCGACGUCCCGCGGCCCCCCUUCGACGUGGGCGAGGCGACGCGCAUCAUCGUCAUGAAAGUGCACGUCACCGACGUGCAACCGCCUGGCGAGGACGACGGCAAGGAGCUCCCCGUGGUACACUUUUACGGCGUCUCACGGUCGGUGGACGACUCGUGGGACGAGAACGCCAACUCCAACCUUCGAGGCACCGUACGCUUGACCAAGGAGGGCGAGGUGAGGUGGACGACGUUCUCCGUUUUCAACGGCCACGCGCGGUGGCGGAGCGAGGGGAUCCAGAUCGGGGGCGUUGGAUCGGCCCGCGGCGUCAUGGGGCACUGGUUUGACACGGACUACGACCCUCACGGCCCCUGCGGGCCCAGCGCCUUCUUCAAGGUGUCGGACCCGGCCCCGAGCCCGAGGGAGGACGACGAGAAGCGGAUCACGUUCCGGGACUUCAUGCCCAUCAUGGACUUCGACGCGGAGCUGGCGAGCGACGAGGACGACGACGAGGACUACGUGGUGGGUGAGUGGGGCGAGGACGAGGAGGACGAGGACAUGAGCGAGGAGGAUCUGGUGCAGGACCUGAUGGCGCUGGCGGCCCCGGACCCGGACCUCGUGGACCUCGUGUUCCACGGGCACCACCUGGUCGACCAGUGAUGGGCUGGGAAGGGGGG